UUAAGCCAGCAUCGAUUGAUACAUCUUGUGAGGGGGACCUCCAAGUUGGUAAAGGAGAUGACGUAACAAUCACUUUGCCACAUAUUCCAGGUUCAACUCCACCAAUGACUGUGUUUAAAGGAAAUAAAAGGCCGUAUCAGAAGGACUGCGUGCUUAUUAUCAAUCAUGACACUGGGGAAUAUGUGCUGGAAAAACUUAGUAGCAGCAUUCAAGUCAAGAAAACAAGAGCAGAGGGCAGCAGUAAGAUCCAAGCCCGAAUAGAACAACAGUCUGCCCGAGCAUCUCAGCCUCCUUCACAGUUCAGAGCCCCAACCAAGCCAGCAGUUGGACCUAAAACUUCUCCUCUGAAAGAUAAUCCUUCACCUGAGCCUCAGCUGGAUGACAUUAAAAGAGAGCUGAGAGCAGAGGUUGAAAUUAUUGAGCAGAUGAGCAGCAGCAGUGGAAGCAGCUCAUCGGAUUCAGAAAGCUCAUCUGGGAGUGAAGAUGAAAGCUCCAGCAGUGAGGGGGAAGAGCCAGCACAUGUUUCCCCCUCCCAGCCACCGCACCAGCAGUAUAACAACAGGAAUGCUGUUGCUAACGGCACCAGCAGGCCACAAGGAAGCAAUCAGCUCAUGAACACGCUCCGAAAUGACUUGCAGUUGAGCGAGUCUGGGAGUGACAGUGAUGACUAGAGGCUGAGCUUUUGCUGUUUCUGUUACAUAUACAUGAAGAACUAAUUUACCUUGAAGUGAUCCUAUUGCUUACGAAGAGGAGCUGGCACAGAGAUAGUUCCAUGUGUGGAAUUUUAAUAGAAGAAAUGCAUAGCCCUACAAAAUAGCAGAUGUUGAGGGCUGUUUUACUUUGUGAAUUAAGUGUAUAUUUUGUGUAUAUUCUUAUUCUUUUAAAGCUUUGAGUAGAUAUGUACAGUGGGUAAGCCAAUAUAUGUUCCUAUGUUCCUGUCCAUCAUCUGUAAGUUUAAUAUGUAACUUUAUGAUGUCAUCUAAAAAUUUCUUUGUUUGUAGAAGAUAUUCAGCCCAUCAUGACUUUGGGGGGGGACUUUUGUAUAUAGCAUGAGUAUGAGCCAAGAAUGAGUUUAAAAAAACAUGCAGGAGCUAGUGUGUGCACUGAAGUGGGACUCAUAAAUUAAGUUUCAAUGCUAAGUUGAUUUCUUUGGUUUGGGACUUUUCUAAUGUCUUUUUAUUGCUAUUUAUGGUUGAUUUAAUGGACUUACUUUUAAACAGUUGGAAAAGAAAAUCAUAAAACCAUGUUCGUCACAAACCUUGCUGCAUCAGUGCCUUAUAAGCAGGUUUUUUUAAGCAGAGCUUCAAUUCCUGCCGCGUUUUAUAGGGAGCAAUACUGAAACCUCUUCAGAUUGCUUUUGCAAACAAGAGCUGUAUUUCACAUACAGCCGACAGUACUCUGAGGGUAGUUACUCUAGCAAGAUAAAGGAUAUACAUCAGUCACCUGAACAUGUCCAAAUAAGAACCAGAUCAGCAUUUUCUUGUGCAACUGAAGUGUCUCAUUUAACUCGGACAUUCAGCCUGAGGAAAUACUAGGAGCCCAAUUACUAGUGUAAUUGCAAUGUCACAAAUACAAGAUACCGGGCUUACUGAAAUUGUAAGACCAGACCCUGUCUGCAGUUUCCUAGAGAACGCAGAAGGAAGAGAUGACUAAACAAUUGUGAAACAGCAGACGUCUCUCUCCCACCACAGUUGUCUAGGUAGACUUUAGUUCAUGUUGUUUGUUGGACGGGAUCUCUGUGCUUGGCAGGAUUAUACAGAACAUGAAAUACUUGCCUAGGGUGAAAUUCACCCCUGUUUAAGGGGGUAUAAAGGGUGCCUAGUUGGAUUAUCAUUAACUUUUUUUGCUCGCAUGGAAAAUGAGUGCCACAGGCAGCCUCUUACAGCUUGAACACCAGGCUGACUUUUUAAAAUGAAAAUUAAACUGGCAUAGGACAAGUGGCGCUGUAGUUGUGGUGUAAUCCAGGGGAAUGGGAAGCUGAAUUGGAUGCCUCUCCCUUCUUAAGUGUCUGCUUUGCACUGCUUUUGUCUGUCUGUUAGUUUGUGUUUUAACUCCUGUUUGUUUACUGAGCUCUUUCCUUUUUUUUUUAAGGUGUUGAAGAGCAAGGGGACAUUUGAAGGGAGAUUUUAUUAAAUGGUUUAUUUUUUUGCAUUAGAUACAUAUUUAGGCAUAUUUUUGCAUUAUUGUACAUACAUUUAAAAAUACUUGGUUUUUUAAAAGUGUUUUAUGAUGUGGGUACAUAUUUUAACAGACAAUUAUGAAAUAUACUUGAUGUAAAGCCAC